AUGUCUUCCGAGCUGGAAUCCAAGAUCCUCCAAGCGGCCGUCAAGAACCGCGAGCUCCUCGCCGUCCUCGCCGACACGGACAACGCCAUCCCGGACCUGACGCAGCAGCGCCGGCUCAUUGCCGACCUGGACCACCAGCUGCAGCAGUCGGACAAGAACAUUGGCGCGCUCGACGCGCGCCGCAAAAAGGAGCUCAAGGACCACGAAAAGUACCGCGACAGCGUCAUGCGCCGGUUCGUGCACAAGGCGGUCGGCAAGCGCGACAAGUUUGACGAGCGGGCGGCGCGCGAGGAGCGCGAGUACUUUGACGUGCUGCAGGAGGAGCACCGCGAGAAGGAGCUCAACAAGAACCUCCGCGAGCAGCUCGCCGAGGCGCUCGAGGCCGAGGCGCGGCGGCACGACGAGGCGCAGUGCGCGCUCGACAGCCUGUACGACUCCAUCUUUGCCGGGCCGACGCCGAGCUACCCGGACGAGGACCGGGUGGAGCGCGAGGCCGAGACGGCGCGGCACGAGUACCACGACACGCGGUCCAAGACCGAGGCGGAGCAGCACGCCAUCCGGCUGCUGACGGACGCGAUGCGGCGCAUGGGCGACGCGCUGCGCAACAUGGACGACGCGCUGAGCCACUCGCGCAUGGACAUGUUUGGCGGCGGCACCAUGACGGACAUGAUGGAGCGCAGCGCGCUGCAGCGCGCCGAGAGCGCCGCCCAGGAGGCCCGCAUGCUCGUCCUGCAGGCGCAGCGCAUGACGCCCUACAUUGGCGACCUGCCGCCCAUCAGCAUCAACCACGGCAGCCUGAUGGGCGACGUGCUGUUCGACAACAUCUUCACCGACAUGGCGUUCCACGACGAGAUCAAGAAGUCGCGCGUGUCGGUGGAGCGGUGCGCGCAGGUGCUGGGCCGGUUCCUGCAGGAGACGCGGGGCCGCCACCAGGAGCUGACGUGGCAGCUCAAGAGCCGCGGCGCGAGUCUGGAGAGCACGCGGACGGCGCUGCAGAAGGAGCGGGAGCGGCUGUUUGAGCAGAUCGCCGGGGGCACGCCGAGGCCAAGGGCGCAUCGUCGAGUGCCGUGCCGAUCGAGCUGA